AUGGGUCCGCGGAAAGAGAAAGCCAGCCAGCCCCGCAGGUGGCGCGUGCAACCCGGCUCGUUCUACCCUCCCAGCAGCCGGCCUCCAGCCGCCCCUCGCAGCCGCUCCGCCCUCCUGCCGCUGCGCGCUCCCGCCCCGCCGCCCGCGACACGCGCGCUCCCCGGAAGUCCCCCCUCUCCGCGCUCCCGCAACCGAGCCGCCUGUCGCGGAUUGCCCACUUGUCUGUAUGGACAGCUUCCCAAGUUUGAGGAUAGAGACCUCAUCCUUUACCAAUCUAGUGCCAUCCUGAGGCACGUGGGCCACUCUUUUGGACUUUAUGGGAAAGGCCAGAGGGAAGCCGCCCUGGUGGAUAUGGUGAAUGAUGGGGUGGAGGACCUUCACUACAGAUAUGUCACCCUCAUCUACACCAUCAAUGAGAAUGGUAAGGAUGACUAUGUGAAGACCCUGCCUGGGCAUCUGAAGCCUUUUGAGACCUUGCUGUCCCAGAACCAGGAAGAUAAAGCUUUCAUCGUGGGUGACCAGAUUUCCUUUGCCAAUUACAACUUGCUGGCCCUGCUGCUGGUCCACUACCCCCUGCUCGCUGCCUAUGUGGCUCACCUCAGUGCCCGGCCCAAGAUCAAAGCCUUUCUGUCCUCCUCCGACCAUGUGAACCAUCCUAUCAAUGACAAGGGCAAACAGUAG